UUAAUGCUGACAAAGCACCUUUACGUUGCGAAUUCAAUAAGACACUCUGCGGUUGGUCGAAUGAUGAAAGUGCUGACAUUAAGUGGCAAUUCAGCAUGUAUUAUGCUCAUGCGAUUUACGCCUAUUUAGAACCCAACGGUUCGGUAGCACGCUUGGUCUCUCCCAUUUACGACCAUGGUUUAGUGGAGAAUGGUUGUUUCUACUUGGAUUACAGUCACAAGGCGUACGAUAUAAAACUCAGAGUCUACCAAGUGCCGGUGUCAAUUGGAGUGAACGGGUUACUCGCGUCUACCGAAGAGAUAAAAAGAAAAUAUAUUAUACAUGAAGCAGAACAUGCCCAUGUAUACCGCGACCUGCAUUUGUAUCCCGUCUCAAUGUUUCAUCCAGGUUAUCCAGAAAAGUUUCAGAUCGUAAUCGAAGCUUCCGGUGGAACGAGUGUCUAUAUAGAAAAAUAUAAAAUCUUUCGAGGAAUGACGUGCAUUAAAGCAGGCAACACAUCUUAUAGCCCUCCACCUGGUACUACUCUAAUAUAUUAUGUAAACCGCAACAAAGACCUCCAAACAGUAACAACAACAGAAAUGACAUCAACAACAACUGAAGAUUUACCACCAACAACAUCAUCACCGCCUACAACUCAGUCGGCAACAACAGCGGCCACAGUACCAGUGACAACAGUCUCACCCACUACAGAGGCAUCGCAAUUAUCAUCAGCUGAGCCACCAACAACACCAUCACCGCCUACAACAACAACUCAGUCGGCAACAACUGCCGGCACAGUACCGGUGACAACAGUCUCACCCACUACAGAGGCAUCGCAAUUAUCAUCAGCUGAGCCACCAACAACACCAUCACCGCCUACAACAACAACUCAGUCGGCAACAACUGCGGCCACAGUCCCGGUGACAACAGUCUCGCCCACAGCAGUACCGCCACCAUCAUCAGCUCCGCCGCCAAUAACAAUGGUCUUUCCAGCAAUGGGACAACUUUGUGGGCUAAACGGUACUCAGCCAAAAGUUGUAGAAUGGACGUAUCGAGUAUACUAUAAAUAAAUAAUUAAUUAUGUUUACAUUCUCCCAUCGGCAACUCCACGCAGACCCGAAAUCAAGAACGUCAGCCUAUUUUUAUAUUUGAAUGAACAACUACAGAGCCAGGCGUCCUUCUGAUAAGAGAAGGAUACGGACCGACUAGGACCAACGGCUCAACGUGCUCUAUAAGGCACGAAGUUUAACCAUACGGACCAUUACUAGGAAUUUCUUAAAUUAAAUGAAGUGUUUAUAAAACCUAUUCUAUAAUCUUAGCUUAGCUAUAACUCAAACCCACCUCAUUAAAAUCAGUAGCCUAAUACAGUUUAAGCCAACAACUGGGCCAAGGAGGUAUAUUAGUGUAUGUUAUGUUUGUAUACCUAUGUUUUAUAAUCUUUAUAAAUAAAUGCAAGCA